AUGGCUUCCACCUUCCAUCUCUCAACUCCCUUCUCUCAACUCCACCCUCUCAAACCCAAACUCCAUUUCACCAAUCCCUCCCUCUUCCUCCUCUCCAAAACCCAUAACAAUCUCAAACCCAUUCACCCUCGAAAAUUCACCAUCAACUCCACCGACAUCUCAAACGAAGAACAACAAACUUCACCCGACUCCGAAAAGCUUCGGUUGGAAGAGAAAUUCGCUGUGUUGAACACGGGAAUCUACGAAUGUCGUUCAUGUGGUUACAAAUACGAUGAAGGUGUAGGUGACCCUUCGUAUCCCAUUCCACCUGGCUAUCAGUUCGAGAAGCUUCCGGAGGAUUGGAGAUGUCCUACUUGCGGCGCGGCGCAGAGUUUCUUUGAGAGUAAAAGUGUUGAGAUUGCUGGCUUUGCUCAGAAUCAACAGUAUGGACUUGGUGGAAAUUCUCUUACUUCUGGUCAGAAAACUGUGCUUAUUUAUGGUACUUUGUUGUUUUUCUUUGCACUUUUUCUUAGUGGUUACUUCAUACAAUAG